GCCGAACUUACACUGAAACGAGAAGUAAGGAAGCUGGCCGAAGUUGAAGACACGUACAAGGAACUGCUUGUCUAUUUCGACUGCAAGGAACCGGACAUGGACGACCCUUCGACAUUCUUCGAGUUAUGGGAGCGGUUCUGUCUGGACUUCCAUGAUUGCUGGACGGAAGAGCAGAAGCGGCUUGCAAAGGAAAUGUUCCAAAAUGUCGAGAAUGACAAAAGAGCCAGACGAAACUCCACAACAACACGCGAGCUGACGGAAUGUAGCAAGGGAUCCCUCCUCAAGGCCCGGUUUUCCCGCCAAAACUCACUGACUGACUUACAGGACGGCGACGCAGCAAAUACGUCCGAAAAUGGCGUUUCAACAAAGCAUGAUGCAAACAUUGUAAGAAGCCUUGACACCGCAAACGUAUCUCCCAAGUUUAUUGCAUCAGCCAAUAUGCCUACCUUGGACGAACAGCCCCUGUUGGGAAGCACCACGCGUACGGUGCACGGCAACACUGAUGACGAAAUGGACUUACCAAAGACCAUUGAUGAAUGUAAAAAUCAGCAAACAGGUUGUGAGAUAUCGCACAACUUGGGCUGCCCUGACGAUAGUAGCUUAGUGUCGGCAUCCUAUGUAUAUUUGACAGACGAACCUUCUAUUUUGGACGAUAGAGAGGUCAGAAGAACUUCUUUUUCUCAACACAAAGCGUCAAACGAUUCAGCAGACAUGCAUGACCAACACAAUGAGAAUUGGGGAUACAUGUACUAUGAACAGGAACAGGGUCAGACCCAUGUUAGCCCAGACCCUGCUGUAAAAGUGAAGUUUCAAGGAAGUACACUGGUGGUUUCUCUUUAGCCCAAAGUUA